AUGACACGAGCGACGCAAGCAAUGGAUUUGCUAUCAAGCCGAUUAAAAGAGGCACAAGAGCAAGUGAAACAAGCAAAGAAACACGCGCAAGACCAAUUGCAAGCUCAGAGACAACAGUUUCGUCAAGAGCAACGUGACAUGGAAGCGAAAUUGACGGAGAAAUGGCAAGCUCAAGUGGAGAAUGCAUACGAGAGAGAGAUGUCGAGUCAAGACGCGAUGCAGAUGCUAGAGAUACAAUUGGAACGACAGAACCAAGUUGUACAGGCUGUAACGACACAGUUGGAAGAAAUGAAGGAUGCGGAACGACGGCUAGAGAGCGAGAUGGAACAAUGUCAACGUCAGAGAGAACAAGAAACCCGAGAAGAGAUGGAAGUGUUUCGGACCAAGCUUGAAGCAGAGAUCGAGCAUUGGAAAGCUGUGAGCACUGAACGAGAGGAAGAGAUGACGAAGUUGCGAUUGCAGAUGGAAACGAUGAGGCAGCAACUUGUUGCUCGAGUCGCAGUUGUAUGA